AUGGCGAAAGUCUCAGUAGUAAUACUUAUUUUUGGCCUGGCCGUAACCAGAGCCCUCGACUUCGGUCCGGAACUAAAUCAAGGCAUCGAACUAGAUGCACAGGAAUACCAACGCCUGAACAAAGUUCGUCACUUGUCAGAGCAGUUUUUCAGUCACUACAAAAAUGUAACUUUGGACGACUUGGUGCCCCAAGGUCGACUUCCCACAGUCUCAGAUCUACAGUGCUACGCGGACUUUGCUCAGCUGACCGCUGGAUUGACCACUGGCAGCCUUUGGGCCUACAGAAUGAUUGACUCCUGGGGAUCCAUACCCUCUGGCAUCCUGAAGGGACAUCUCAAGGACCUGGGUCACUACGACGAGUGCAUUGACAUCGAACAGUCCGUGGCGUCGGGCUCGACUCUGCUGGGAAAGUAUUGCCUGGCCAGUCUGCCUCUGCAACAACUGCUGGGAAACGCUGGCAGGAUGAUGAAUGUCCAGACGGCGGUUUGCUUUCCCUCCUCCUGCUCGGCCACCAAUAUGGACACACUUCUGCGACGAGUCCUGAAACAACUGAUUGGCUUGGAACUAAAUGCAAAUCAGAAUUUGGUCAGUGAAAACUCCUGCAAGACUUCCGAGCGUGAGGCCUACGAUGGAGGGACCAUUGCCGCAAUCGUUAUUCUAUCCGUGUUCGGAGGCGCAGUGGUUGUUUCCACACUUUACGACUACUUCGUGUGUGAGGAUCAAAAUAAACUGCCUGCUAUUCUAAAGGUGUUCUCUGCACGUGCAAACUCACGAUCACUUUUUCGCAUCACCACCAAACCCAACCCCAACGUGAUUGAGUGUCUGCAUGGAUUGCGUGGAAUGUCCUUGAUCUGGGUGUGCUUCGGUCACGACUAUAUUAUUGGCAUCACAUCUCCCAACAUCAAUCUUUACGAAGUGUAUUCUUGGGUUAAGACACCUUUUAUGGACGUAAUUAAGGAGGGCGUUUUUGCUGUGGAUUCAUUUUUCUUCAUUAGCGGACUGCUGGUUGCGAUGGUGGCCUUGCGUUCUAUGGAAAAGGCCAAGGGAAAGCUGAAUAUUCCAUUGAUGUACCUCCAUCGCUACCUUCGCCUGACGCCCAUCGUGGCAAUAUCAAUAUUGCUCUACUGGAAGAUACUGCCUUAUUUGGGCGACGGUCCGCUGUAUGGCAAUUGGAACUUUGAUAGCUACGAUAGGUGUGAAGGUAACUGGUAUUGGACCCUGCUCUACAUUCAGAACUACGCCACCGAUUCCGAAUGUCUGGCUCACACGUGGUACCUGGCCAUCGAUAUGCAACUGUAUAUCAUUGCGCCCAUCCUGUUGAUUGUUGUGUACAAGUGGGGUAAGAAAGGAGCAGCAGCUGUUCUGCUUCUUUUAUUGGGACUCGCUGCCUACUUAUUUAGCAUUAUUGUGAUUAACAAUUACUCUUUGGUUGGAGGUGGAGGUGGUGGCGGACCAGAUGAUUAUUCUGAGGACCUCGAACACUAUACCCACAAUCGGGCUUCCGGAUGGCUGGUUGGCUUCCUGUUCGGUUACUUCCUGCAUACGAUCCGUGGAAAGACGAUCAAGCUAAGUCGACCUGCUGUCUGGGUAGGCUGGAUCACAUGCUUGGCCCUACUAUUUACCUGCAUUUUCGCGAUGCAUCCUUAUGGCAUGGGCAAGACCAACACGCUUUCCACCCUUAGUGAAGCCUUCUACGUGUCGCUCUCCCGGAUCGCCUGGCCCUUGGGUCUGAGUUGGGUGGUCUUUGCCUGCGUCCAAGGAUAUGGCGGAUUGGCCAACUCCUUCCUCACAUCACCAUUGUGGCAGCCUCUGUCGAAGCUCUCUUUCUGCGUCUACAUGGGACAUUUGUUGAUCCAAAACCUUAAUGGUGGGCGCACGAGAGUUAACACCUACUUCUCAAACUACGAUAUUAUGCUGCGCUUCUGGCAAGACUUUGGGUUUUCGGUCCUCCUCGCUUAUGUCAUGUACAUUUUGAUCGAAGCCCCCUGCGGCGGACUGGAGAGUCUGAUCCUGCCGAACCGAAGACCAGCUCCCCAGCCAAAAGUGCAGGCUGCUGAGACAUCUCCAGAGAUCAUCCCAUCACCUGUUGACCCAGAGAAGCAGGCUCCGGAAUCGAUCGCAGCCGCAAGUGACGGCGCAUUGGCAUCAGCUCCUCCACUAGACAGCAAGACUCAACUGCAGGCUAUCGAAGGAAACGAAACUUCUUAG